CUUUUCAGUUCUCUUCUCUUCUUUUCAUUUUUUUUUUCUUUUUACAGUAUUUGCUUAAUCAUGACCAAAUAUCUAAUUUUCUUAGAGAUUAAGAAAAAAAAUAAAUCGUACUUCGUAUUUUUUGUACUAGAGUUUUUCUAAAUAUUCUAUAAACGCGUUAAUUAUUGAUUAAUUAGAUGAUUUGUGAUUACAAUUAUUGCCCAUUUUAGUAGAAGCAUCUGAAAAAUUAGACGUUUUCUCAUGAAUAUUAUUGAUAUUAACUUCUUGUAACAGAAAAGGCACAUUAAAUUUUGACUUCAAAUUCGAAUAUCAUUGAUUUUAGAUCCUAACUUAGCUGUAUAAACCUGCAAAAAUCAUGAAAAUCUUUUUUGAUCAGUGGGCCACAUGAGCUUAUGCCAAGUGUCACUAUGCACCAUAUACUCCUAAAACUUAGGACACGUAUUUUUAGAAAAGGAAACCAUUUUUUUUUUUUUUUCAAGGAUACAUUCACCGAAAUUCCGAAUAUGAGGGUGGAGACAAUGUGCCUAGCAGCAUAGGUCGACGAACAAAAUAUUUGUAGAGAUAAAAAUUAAAGGCAAACAUGCCAUGAAAGCCGCUAGGAAUAAAUUCUGUUCUGUUAUAGACUUUAUGGUUGAUGGCGUAGUGUCAUAAAUCAAGCAGUAAAAACCAUUAAUUCACUCGUAUGUUGAGUUAAAACCAAUAAAAGUGAUGUUCUGUAGUCCUAUUAUGCCGGAUGAUGGCAUUUAUAACUGAGAUCCUAAUUACUUGGAUUUCUAGGCUCACGAAAUCUUUGUUGGUUGGCAUGAUAAGAAAUCUCGUUGGCAUUUCCUGCGAUAUACCAAGAUAAAAAUAUCCUAAAAGAUCUUCUCUGUUUUGGCCGGAAUUUAAAAAGCCAGUUUAAUCACUGAUAUAUCCGGUUACCACACUAGACAGCAGUAGCCGUAUGUCUGCAUGUAUGAAAUGAAAAUUAUGUUGGUCUGCGAUGCACCUGUAAAAUGGAAUUUAUCCCACUAUGUAGGUGGCCAGCAGACUAGCAGAGAGUAGCAAUUUCUAGGUGGUCAAGGGAGCCAAAAAAGGACUGCACCCAUUAAGCUUCUCCAAUCCAUGAACCUAAAAAUCCAUAGUAGUAGUUUUAGCGACGCCAAGAAAAAAAAAAUCUUUGAUAUGUCACUACGCUCUUAAGAAUCAUUUACAAUACGAGUGAAGUUGGUUUUUUUCUGAAGCAUGAGUGAAGAUUGUGAUUAUUUCCAUGUUAUGAUUUUUCUUUUCAUAUUAGAAAAUUAAAAUGCUACUGAGAAUAUGUUAUGACUUUCUUUCUCAACUAUGAUCAUACACUGUGUUAAAUAGUACCACAUCGCCUAGGGCAAUCUAGGAUCCAUGCUUAAUAAGCCAUGGGCAACCCUAACAUUUCAAGCCGGUUUUCAAGGUUAGUUAGGCCCGGGAAUUUCUAACAUGGUAUCAGAGCCAGGCCCCUCUCAACCCACCCAGGUCCAUUCGUGUGUCCAUGGUUUCCGUAUCACCCAUCAGUAUAGCCCAGUCAGCGGCUUUCGUAUCAUACCCGUCAGUGUAGCCCAGUCAGCGGCUGUCAUACCCAUCAGUUCAGUGUAGCCCUAAUCGUUGGGGGUGUUAAAUAAUACCACAUCGCCUAGGGCAACCUAGGAUCCAUGCUUCAUAAGCCAUGGGCAACCCUAACCUUGCAAGCCGGUUUUCGAGGUUAGGCCAGGAGAUUUCUAACACACUGGACUAUUAUAGUGAUGAAAAUGGUGGUUCUAAAGUAUGAUGGUUUCCCUACAUCAAUAAACAAAGAUAGUACCACAAAUGGAAUACCUCAUUCUUGCAACAAUGGAACCACAGUUAACAGUGGCCUUACACUUCCAAUCCAAACCAAUUGUCUGCCAUCUUCAACAGGAGAACCCAAGAUGGAGCAGCCAGCUACAAAUAACGAUUCUCUCGAGUCAAAUGAUGAUAAUUACAUGUUUGUCAAUGAUCCAAUUUCUGAGGCCAAAGAAAAUAUUCUAACAACGGGAGCUAUCUCGAAGAUUGCUAAAGGACAGAAGGAAAGAAAUCUCAUUGUUCAGGUUGUUCAUUCUUUUCAAAGUAUUGAAGAGAACCAAUUCAUGUUCAUUUCAGAUGGAUUACAUAUGCAGAUAGCAAUACUUGCUCAAUCUCUAAAUCAUCUUAUUUUAUCUGGUAAACUGAAGACGGGAAGUGUUGUUCAAUUAGUCGAAUAUAUUUGCCCUACUGCUCAUAAUGGAAUGCAAAUGAUUGUGGUAAGCAUGGAGGUAAAGAUUUUUGAAAAUGAAUUCAUUGGUGAACCAAAGCUUUAUGUGGAGCCUGCACCAAAUCUGGAUGAUGGGAAGAAAGAACACUUGACUGAAGAUAAGGACACAUCUUUUUUUAUGCAUCAAUCUCAUCUAUUAGGAAAUCAUCAGGAUCUAUAUCUUGCUAAUAAAAACAAUACAGCAAUCAGAGGAGAUAUCGUGCCGUUAGCCCAACCUAGCAUAUGAGUGUUGAUGCCACAGCAUUGCUGGGAGAGGUCGAGAUGCUUCGGUUAGAGAUCAAUCGUCUACAUUUAGAGAAGAGAAAUGAGCAGGAAAAGCAUGAAGGUGAAGUUUUGCGUUUGAAACUAGAGAUGCAAAAUGAGCAGAAGAAACACGGUGAUCAAAUUUCGCAGCUUAAAUCAGAGAUAGUGCAGCAAUAUAGGCAAACAGAAAAUCAGAUUAAGGUCAUGAAGAAGGAACUUGAAGCUGUGAAAAGAAUGACGGAAAAUAAGGAAGAAAAAGAUGCUGACACAAAAAGAGAUGAUGAAUAUGAUGAUGAGUCGGGAACAAACUUUGACAAACUGGAUCAAGAGCUUGAGAGGAUUUGGCUUUAAGAACAUUAUACAAAAGAAGAUAGAGUAAGAUUAUUUUUUUUUGGUUCUUUGACAUAUCAUCACAUAUGCUGUGUUUGUUGACAGAAACUUGUUUUGAUAGACUUAGAAUGUAGAAAUGCGGCCAAAUGGCUCUCCAGGCAUUGA